UUAAAAUAAAAUUUAUUAAAAGGAAAUGACCGAGUAUUAACCAUAAACAAUUGUUUAAUAGCCUGCUCUUUACGUAGCACCUCAAACAUUAGCAGGUUAGCCUUAAUUCGUUAGACCCAUAGUAUUGGGAAGUUCAAUUAACUAAUAAUAAAUGAUAACAAAUUAGAAUUUGAGUCAAAGUGGAUUAUAUUAAGGAGGUGGAAUUUUAGUUAAUCAACCAGUUUUAGGUGCAUCCGCGAUAAGUUCUAACAUAGUCUCUGUAAAUAAUGGAUUUAAUAUAGACUGGAUAAGCUGUCAAAGGAGAGUCAAGAAUUGAGUACAUUCCUUAUGAAAAGACUAUUAUGGAAUAUGAGGAAGUGCGAAGAUAAAUUCAGGUGCCAGUAACAAGAUAAAUUACUGAAUACCAAGCUAUUUAAUAUGAAACUGAAUAUAUUCCUUAAGUGAUAUAAGAAAAAGUGAUUGAAUACGUGCCAGUAGAAAAGGUUGCAGAAAGAGUAGAAUACUAAACUGUUACAAGAUAAAAUAUGUUAUAAGUAAUCUGUUUCUAUUAAAAUUAGAACACUGUACAACAAGUGCAGUAAACGUAAUUUUAACCAGUUGUGACAACCCAAACAUACUAAACAGCCACUCCGAUUGUCUAAACUGUCUAAUAACCAAUAGUCACAGAAGUAACUAAACCAGUUGUCUAGUAAUAAAUCAUCUAGAAUGUUCCUUAAACUCAAUAUACAACAUAUCAAUAGCCAAUCACUACCUAAUAUAUUUAGCAACCUCUCCCCGUUUAAAAAGCGAUACCAGUCCCAGUCCAUUAAACAUCAAGUCCAAGAGUUAGAUAAGCGUCUCAAAUUGUAUAAGCUCCUGCUCCAAUAACUACAACUUAUCCCUAAACCCCAGUUCUUUACCAAGCAUCUCAAACUAGAGUGGGUGCUCCUGUCAUCUAAACAUAACCUUUAGUCUAUGGUUAUCAACCUUAAGGACAAUAAUUAAUUGCCUAAUAAGGAUAUGUCCAACAACCUAAUCAGGCUCCUACUUAACCUCCUUAAAUUAGUCAACUACCAUAGUAGCAAUAAGCUAGCCAAGUCCCACCAACUCUAGUAACUUAGAUUAUUAAAUUAGCCACUGUAAUAACAACCACAAUAACAAAAGCCAUAAUAACAAUAACCAGUCGCCAACCAACAACAAUAGAAAUAGGAUAAAGGAUUUUUGGCCAAAUUAUUCGAUUGAAAAUAUAUCAUAGUGC